CUCGGAGCUGUGGGAAUGUGGCAUGUUUAAAUGUUCUACUAAUUUUCGGUAAAAGUUGGUUAACUGGGUUAAUUAGCAUCCUUACGAUUUACCUGAUACCUGUCAAAUAGCUCGUAUACGUACACCAACCUCUAAUUAUGGCAGCAGACGAAGACUUGUCGUAUUCUGAUGAUGCGUAUGAGAUUGAAGAUAAAGAGGAUCCUGAUGUAAUAAAUUCAGCAGACCCUUAUAGCGACUACCAUCAACAAAUACUUUUCUAUCGCAACUUUGACUCUGUCGCUGGACGAGGUCUUCAGAGACCCAAAGUGAGACAUACUUAAUAUACUUAACUGUCACUUUGUUUUAGACACGCAGACGAAGAUGGACUCAGAGAGAUAUGACUAAUGCAUACAAUGCUGUCAAAUAUCAAGGAAUGUCUUUGCGUGGUGCUGCUACCGCUUUUAAUGUUCCUGAAUCGACUCUUCGCGACAGAGUUCAUGGAAGAGUUAGUUUAGAGUGCUCUCGACCUGGUCCUCCAACUUUUUUCACUUAUGAAGAAGAAAAGAAAAUGGUCGAUCAUAUUCUAUUCAUGAGUAAAAUUGGUUAUCCGUACACAAGGAAUCAGGUUGUCGAACUUGCUGGAGAUAUGACAAAGGCUGUUGGAAGAAUCGCUCCAUUUAAGUAUCUUAAUCCGAGUCAGGCAUGGUUUUAUGCAUUUCUUAACCGUUGGCCGGACUUGAAAAACUUCUUGUUCGGACCUCGAAGCAAUAGGAAGUCUAAGGGGGUUUCAGGGGAUUCAAUACAGUCUUACUUUGAACAACUGGAAAAGGUUCUUAAUAAAUAUGGCAUCAAAGACAAAGCAGAACAUUUUUGGAUUGUUGAUGAAGUCAGCAUAAGCUGUGAGAAUCAACCUCCACGUAUUCUUCCUAUCAGUAUACAACGAGCUCAGUCUGUAAGCUAUUGGAAUCCAACUGUAGCUAUGCUUGGAGCUGCUAAUGCUGUUGGCGAAAAAAUUCCCCCAUUUUUGAUUUAUCGCGGUGAUGGAAUAACAUCAACUAUGAUGGAAGGUUCUGUACGUGGUACCAAAUUUUCUUACUCAUCAUCUGGCUGGGUUAAUUCUGAUGCUUUCAUACAAUGGUUCCUUAAACAUUUCCGACUACUGGUAUCUGUUCGUCCAAUUAUUCUAUUUUAUGAUGGCCACUUACAAUUUGUCAGUGUUCGUGUAUUAGAACGUGCUCGUGAAGAUGGUGUUUUAUUGUUUCCACUUCCUCCUCAUCCAGCCUACAAUCACUGUGUAGAAAAUACAUGUUUCUGGGCAUUCCAGGGAUACUUCAAAAGACGUUUGGAUCGCUUUUUCGAAAAAAAUCCUAACCAACCACUUGUACGCAAUAAUGCCUCUCCAGUACUAACACAUGCCUAUGAAAAAGCCCUAAAUGCUCAGAACAUGAUCGCUUUAUUUGAAAGAUUGGGAAUUUGUCCGUUUAACAACUUAUCCGCAUCCAUUGGUGCAUAUACUACUAUGCAGAUAGAGGAAUACGAACAAGGCAGUAUGACUGGAGAGAAUAGUGAUCCAUAUCUAGUCAAUGAAGCAAUGAACCCUUACUGUCAGUUCUCUAAACUAGAAUGUCCACCAAGCUACCUCAACUAUGUAAAUACAAGCAUUGUAAAUGGUGGCGAUUCAAAAGAUCAUAUUAUCAAUACUUCUAUUGAUCCAUGUUAUCCAAACUCUACUCUGCCUAAGUUGACGACCACUCCUGCAACAGAAAACCCUCAAAAUAUUUUAACAUCUAAAUCUAAUGCAUUCAAUUGCAAACAGAAUGUGUCAUCUCAUGAAAAUAAUUUCAAAACAACACAUGCUGUUGUAACACAGUAUUCGCCUUCUGGACGAUCGGUAACUAUACGUUUGCAUGGUCCUGCAGCAGGUGCUAUUCAGCCCGUCUCAUUGCAUGAUGAACCAGUAUCUCGUCCAAGCAAAGAUGCUCCAUCUUUGGAUACUUUCGCUAGUUCAGAUGUAAAUAUUUCUCAUGAAGAAGAAGUGGGUUGUGAAACAUCUAGCUCACAAACAGUACCGAAUGAAACACGCUUUAAUUCAGGUCAGCAUAUGCAGUUGUCUCAAACAAAUAGUGCAAAAUUCCCUGUUAACAAAGCAGUUGUUGAAAGUAUGGAUGGCAUAGAAGAUGGUGAAGCACUUGACUUUUGUGUUGUUUGUGGCCAGUUGGAACCACCAGAAUUAUCUUGUCAACCGAAUACUAACCAGACAAAUUCAAAUGAAUUACAGGUAAUCGACUGGGCCCAUUGUGAUUACUGUAAUCAUUGGGUGCAUUUGAACAGUUGUUGUAGUGAAGGAGCUGUAAUUGGCAAUAAUUCAUUUAUGUGUGUUGUUUGUCGAAAUUCUGGGAUUGGCGAAAGCAUUAAAAGUCUUCAUGAGGAAACUGAGUCACCGAAAAAGACUGAAGAGGCGGAACAAUCAACUAGUGAUAAAUCUUAAACUAAUGCUGAUAAUAUUUUCUCUUUUGUUGUCUUCCAUUCAGUUAUUCAUUAAAUAUGUACAUAGAAAUUGAUAAAAGAUAUUUUUGUAAUUAACCAGGACAAUUUUUACAUUCCAAGUUGUAUUUUGUUUAGUUUCACUGAAUAAGUGUACUGUUCUCUACACUGUAUUCUGUUUGUUCUGAAUCUUUGCUUACAAAUAGAAUUUAUAAGAAUUUUUUUACAAUCUACCAUGCAAUUAUUUAAAUUAGUUGUGGUUGUUAUUGUUCUGGUGGUCGUGGUUUGAGGGAAUUUAUUCUAUAUUCACAGAAGUGAACUGUAAUCUAGAUGGCUUAAAAGGACAAUAAACCAAUAAACGAUGAAUGCUGUUUACCAUCAUUUUCCCCAUUUAUUGUUAAGCAUAUUUUCUAGUUCAAAUUUCAGUUCCAUUUUUAGUGUUUAUGAUCUUUUUCGUUCUCUCUUUUACCCCCUCUUGUUCAUUGCCUUUUUGUUCCAUAUGUGGCUGUGUCAAGUGAAUCUGUAGAUAGAUAAGAUUGUAAUUUUUCUUCUGGGGGAACUGUUAGUGCUAUUCAUUAUAAUAUAUGCAGUAACAUGUGUUGUUUAAAA